GAGCGGGCCGCCUGCGCGUCGCGCCUGAGCCGGCCAUGAGCUGAUUGGCCCCGCCCGAAAAAAGUUGAGCGCGAGGAGCGUGUUGCCCGCGCCGAUUCCGCAACCGAGCCGCCUCGGACUCCAGAAUCAGUCGGUCGACAACGCACACUGUGUGCACGCGCGCGCGCGCGCUGCGCAUUCCGCGAGUGAGCCGCCGUUCGGUUUCCGUCUGCUCAUUUAGUAGCAGACGACUGCGCUCAUUCAAACCCGUGCACUGCCCACCGAGCCGCACUGCCGGUUGGCUAUCAUGCGGAGUGACUGCUCGCCGCUCCUCAGCAAUCCAGGAGCAGACGACGCACCGUGUUCUGUGCCGCUCCCGACAGCAGACGACGUGACUUGUGUGCCGCUCCCCGAGUGAUCCAGAGCAGACGACGCGCUCUGACUCAACCGCUUUCGAGCAGUAAACGUCCGGCCUACCUCAGGAGCAGACGACGCGGUUUCCUCAGUGAACUUGUACGCCGCUCCCACGCACAGCCGCCGUGUAGAUUUGUGUGUCUUGUGUGUUCGGCGAUGGCGCUGGGGCCUGCGCCCGCUCCAGCGGCCGUGUUUCCUGCGUCGGCCGCUGCUCCGCCUCACCCGCCGAUGCUGAUGCUGCCGACGCUCAACUUCUCCGUGGGCCAGGUGGCCGCCGUGUGCGAGACGCUCGAGGAGAGCGGUGACGUGGAGCGGCUCGGCCGCUUCCUGUGGUCGCUGCCCGUGGCGCACCCAAACUGUGCCGAGCUGAACAAGAGCGAGGCGGUGCUGCGCGCCCGGGCGCUGGUAGCCUUCCACGCGGGAAACUUCCGCGAGCUCUACCGGAUCCUGGAGGGCCACCGGUUCGCCAGAGGCUCGCACGCCAAGCUGCAGGCUAUGUGGCUCGAGGCGCAUUACCAAGAAGCCGAGAAGCUGCGCGGCAGGCCUCUGGGACCCGUGGACAAGUACCGGGUGCGCAAGAAGUUCCCGCUGCCGCGCACCAUCUGGGACGGCGAGCAGAAGACGCACUGCUUCAAGGAGCGCACGCGUUCGCUGCUUCGAGAGUGGUACCUCCAGGACCCCUACCCGAACCCGACCAAGAAGCGGGAGCUGGCGCAAGCUACGGGGCUGACGCCUACCCAGGUGGGCAACUGGUUCAAGAACCGGCGCCAGAGGGACAGGGCGGCGGCCGCCAAGAACCGGUGA